GUGCGAGACUGCCUCUGAAAAUCUCAUCCUUAAAAGGAGCAUGAUUAAUUUGCCAUAGGCUCUUAAUCAUUUACCAACUUAAUUUAUCACUUUUACUUUGAAAAUUCGAGAAUUCGAGCUUUGUCCUGGCAGGAUGAUUGGGGGUUCUAACCCCUGUUUUAUUAUUGCAGAAAUUGGACAGAAACACCAGGGAGAUAUUGAAAUCGGCAAGAAAAUUAUCAAGAUGGCCAAGGACUGCAGGACAGACUGCGCCAAGUUUCAGAAGAGUGAGCUUGAGUACAAGUUCAAAAAGUGUGCCCUGGAGCGUCCGUACACCUCCAAACAUUCCUGGGGAAAGACAUACGGUGACCACAAGCGUCAUCUGGAGUUCAGUCAUGAACAAUAUAGAGAGCUCCAGAAAUAUGCACAGGGGGUUGGAAUCUUCUUCACCGCUUCUGGAAUGGACGAGGUGGCUGUGGACUUCCUGGAUGAGCUUGAUGUGCCCUUCUUCAAUGUUGCCUCGUGUGAUGUCAACAGUUUCUCCUAUCUGGAACUGACUGCAAAAAAGGUCAGGGAUUCAAUUUAGCACUGUUAUAUAUGUACUACAUCUUUGCCACAUGUUACCGUGGUAAAGGUCAAAUGUUACCAAUUAUAAUAUACCCUGAAUGUGCAGUCAAAAUGUGCAAAGGUAACGUGUUGGCGCCACCCCUUGGGUUGUGCCGUGUUGGAGAUCUUUGUGGGCUAUACUCAGCCUUGUCUCAGGAUGGUAAGUUGGUGGUUGAAGAUAUCCCUCUAGUGGUGUGGGGGCUGUGCUUUGAC